AUGCAUCCAAUGAGUGCAAUAUAUGCUGAAGAAAGUGGGGGUAGAAUAAUUUCACACAGCUAUAUAACAACAGCUGAUGAUUAUUCAAAAAUGGAGUUUUGUGGUGCACCGGGACAAUUAUUGGACCAAUUAGAAAGUAUUGUUAGUGAAAAAUUGAUGAUCUACGGCAUGGAGACAAAUUUUGAUUAUCAAGGCGGGCUGAUCGGCGCUUGCGAGCAAGUAUACGAAGAGACUGUCCAAACAUCUUUAUCUUCAUCGUACAUCUUGCCACAUGAGAUCUACACACUAGACCAGGACGUUCAAAGCACAGAAGAAGUCGUUAAUAAUAAUUUACAAGAAAAUUUUUACUCGUGUGAAGUUUGCGACAGAAGAUUCAGUGUUAAAAUGAAUCUUGAAAGCCACAUGUCAGUUCACAAAAAUAACCAAUUGCAAUUUUGCAAUUUUUGCGGUGCCAGUUUUCCCUUAAAAAGUGACUUGUUAAAUCAUUUAAAAAUACACGCUAGUUUUUCUGAGUUAGAAGAAUUAAAUAAUAAUCCCGAUAAAAAAUCCUGCAAUUUAAGAAAAUCUAAAAUAAUUAAAAAUUGUCCAGAGUGUAAUAACAGCUUUGAAAAAAGUAAAUUUGAUGAUCAUAUUUGUGUCUUAAAUAUUUCUUCAGAUGAAAAAAGUGACAAUGAAUUAAGCGAAUUAAGUGAAUAUAAUUGUGAAAAGUGUAAUAAAGAUUUUAAAAACAAAACACGGCUGACUAGACAUUUGUUGUCGCACCGGAAAAAAAUGAGUUGUAAUAUUUGCAGUUUAAAAUUUACAAACCAACAUGAUUUAAUAAAUCAUUAUUCAUUGCACAAGAAGACUAGUAAUGGCGAGAAGAUAUUUGAGUGUAAAGAAUGCGGAAAAAUAUUUGCAAGCAGAAGUUCCCAGCAGAUCCACGCGAGAGUUCACUCCGGAGAGCGGCCGUAUGGGUGCAACUUUUGCGACAGAGCUUUUGCCGAUGGCGGGACCUUGAGGAAGCACGAGAGGAUCCACACUGGUGAGAAACCUUAUGUUUGUUUGAUUUGCAUGCGAGCUUUUAAUCAAAGAGUCGUUUUGAGGGAUCAUGUUAAAUCUCAUCAUACUAAUAUCGAUCCUAAGUACGCGGGGACUAGUAAGCCUUAUUUCUGCAAAAUUUGCAAUAAUUUAUUUGGGACUUCUGAGGAAAUUCAUAAGGAUAUUGUUAAACACUGCGAUGAAGAGACUCAACGGAGAAGGAAACCUCCUGCUGGACCGAGGAAGUAUAAAAAAAGGACUUUUAAAUCUCAGAGAGAUGAAAAUUAUAAUUCUAUGGAGGAAAAGGAACAAUUGGAAGGGGAGAAGAAAAAGCGAGGGAGGAAGAGCAAGUUGGAGAUGCAGCUGAUGACUGAAGAUUGGAAAAAUACUGUUUUUUCUAAAGAAGAAACUAGUUGUAAUAAUGAGAACUUGAUCAGAAUUUUUCCUGGGGGAGAAAUUAACAGGCCGAGGACUAAGAACGUCAGCAGGCCGGUUAAUGAUAAUUUUAGAUUUGUUCCUGCGAGAUUUCCUGAUCCAAAACAAGAGUUUGAAGAAAUUUCGGCAGCUGUUGAGUCUAUCAAGGUUAAAAUGGAGGCUUAUGAUCGGGCUGAUAUUCAAGAGGAUUUUGGGAGAAGAACACGGAGAAGAGUCAAGGAAGAAAUUUAUUAA